CUCUGUCUAGGUCCUGCACUGCAACCAGGCCUCGGUUCAAAACAUCAACCUGCUACCACUUGUCCUACCCAACAUCGAAACACCAGGUAGCAUGCAGUCCGCCGAGGGCAAGUUGGCCAGGAGCUGCGUGCUCCAGGCGCUGAGGUGCUACAGCACUGCAGUGCAGGACAUGGAGCAGACAGUCAUGCUGCCCAGCCUACUGCGGGAGGUGCUUUGUGAGGAGGAUCCGGACCAGGCAGCAGCAGACGGCGACCUCUACGAGUGCUAUCUUAGGCUCAAGGCCAUCCAGGCCGUGGUGGAGAGUGGCCUAGUGCUCGUGGACGACCACAGAGUCAAGGCCCACCAAGCCCUCGACAGAACACUGGAGCCGCUGCUGGAGACAGAACCAGAGGCUGUCUUCCAUUUCCACCUGAAGGGGCUCCUCUCAGUCAUGGGCAACCUCACCAAGAAGUCGCAGGCUGUCACUGCAAAAUACCUGGACAUUGUGGGACUCACAAACUAGGAUGACCCAAGAAAGCCUGAGGAGAAGAACCUUGGAAGUGAUCCAUUAGUGUAAUUUGAAACAGGUUCUUGAAUAUAUUAGAAGGAUAACAACAGCUGCUCCUAUCAGACUGAAUAAAGGUGCUUUGGGGAAUAAA